AUGCCACGAAUCACUGACUAUCGGAAAACUGAUAAACUUUUUAAUUUAAACUGCUUUCGUGAAGUUAUGAGUAGAAACAGGUACAUGCUGAUAAUGCGUGUGUUACAUUUUAGUCGCAACCCUGAACGUGGAGCUGGAGUUUCUAAACCUAGUCGGUUAUAUAAAAUUGACACAGUUGUAGAAUAUUUCAAUAAUCGUAUGCUUGAAUUAUAUCAACCAUCUAAACAAUUAUCCUUGGACGAGUCAAUGGUCCUUUGGCGUGGCCGAUUAAUUUUCCGCCAAUAUAUAAAAAAUAAACGCCACAAAUAUGGAAUAAAACUUUAUAUGUUGACUGCACCUAACAGACUCGUUUUAGAUAUACUUAUUUUUUCUGGGCAAGGUACCGAUAGUACACCUGAACAAAGUCAUACAGAGCAUGUUGUUUAUAGACUGAUGGAAAACCAUUUGGACAAAGGUCACUAA